AUGAACCUUAUGCCACAAAAACAAUUGGGAUCUCAAUGUAAUGGGGAAUCAUGUUCAAAACGUAAUAAGAAAUGUAGUCUCUUCAGUGAUGGUAAAAGACAAGAGAUUAUGCAAAAUUUUUAUCCAAUGGGAUCCUUGCAGUUACAAAGAGAGUACAUUGCAAGAUGUAUAAUGUUGAAAAAUACAUUAGGGUUUGUAGGGAACCACAAAUGUGUAAAUCUUUCUCCGGAAGAAUGUUCUUCGAGAAUUAAAGUUUGCAGCUUGCAUUUUAGUGAAGACAGUUAUAAGCUUAAUGCAGCUAAAAAUAGACUUACAAAGAAUGCAACCCCAUUAAUAAAUCUGCAUACCAAAAAAUAUAAAGCGACUGACAAAGGAGGUGAAGAUAUCAUCGAAGUAUACGUACGUAAACAAAUUAUAGUGAUGCAAAAAGUGCAUCCAGUCAAACCUCAAAUUGUCUUUCGAAUAGAACUCCGAGAAAAAUGCAGUUGA